AUCUCAGCGUCAAUAGAGCCAACGAAUCGAGCGUAUCGAAGAGUGGGGCUCAACGGCUUGCCGGCCGUCGUCAAGGAAGAAGGUUCCGGAAGCCGAGUCUGGUUUGAAUGAAGCUGGCAUGCCUAGUUCCCUUCUAUGGGCUGUGGAUGUACAUGGGAGAGUUUAUAGCCUCUCUACAGCUGGACAGUACUGGGAGUUGUGCAAAGAUGAAAGCUUACAAUUUAAGAGACUGGCAGCUGUUAAGCAGUGCUGCUGGGGAAUUGCAUGCGACCAUCAGAUCUAUGUCUACGUCCAUUCAAGUGAAGUCCCAAUCCAUUACCAAGAAGAGACCUAUGAAAAUCAGCGAUGGAAUCCUGUGGAUGGUUUCAGUGACCGCCUUCUACCCAGUGACCGCUGGCAAUGGAGUGAUGUUACAGGUUUGAUCCAUCAACCACUAGAUGAGUUUAAACUUGCUUCACCGCACUGGGAGUGGGAAUCUGACUGGUACGUGGAUGAAAAUAUUGGAGGAGAGCCAACAGAAAAAGGGGGUUGGACAUAUGCCAUCGAUUUUCCUGCCACUUACACAAAAGACAAGCGGUGGAAUUCUUGCGUGCGUAGACGGCGAUGGAUCCGAUACAGAAGAUACAACGCGUGUGACAUGUGGGCAAAGAUUCCCUUACAAGAGACAGGGCCACUGCCGGAUCCCUUUAAUGAUAUUGCAGUAGGAGGAUGGGAAAUCACUGAUGAACCUUUAGGACAUCUUUCAGUCUGGGCAGUAACAGUACAAGGAAAGGUGUUUUAUAGAGAAAAUAUAAAUGACCAGAAUCCUGAAGGUUCAAUGUGGACUGAAAUCCAGACUCCUGGGGAAGUAGUUCAGAUAACUUGUGGACCAGGGGAUCUUCUGUGUGCUGUAUUGUGGGAAGGUCAGCUGAUGGUGAGGGAAGGUGUAAUCAGAGAGAAUCCUAAAGGGAGUUCUUGGAAGAUUGUUGAACCACCAAACUCUGAAAAUGGUCUUGUUCAGGUAUCAGUGGGCGUUAAUGUACUGUGGGCUGUUACACGGGACAGAAGAGUCUGGUUUCGAAGAGGUGUCUGCUCUGAGAACCCUGUGGGAACAGGUUGGAUUUGUAUGAAUAUAGAGAUGGUGAUGGUGAAUGUGGGAUUAAAUGAUCAGGUUUGGGGAAUCGGUUAUGAAGACCGUAAUAUUUACUUCCGUCAUGGAGUGACACCUACUGAAUACAGUGGAAAAGCUUGGAAAGUAAUAGUAGCGAGCAGAGAACAUGACCGAGCCUCUCGAACAGGCAGUGCUACCAGUCUUGCAAGUGCUGGCUGUUUCUUUGGUGAUGAAGUUAGGUUGCCAUCACAAGUGUCUAUCAGCAGCGAAGUUGAUUUCUCCUUAGAAAUGGACAAACUGGCAAAGAAAACUGAAAAUGUUCUUGAAACAAUUGGUGAGCGUGCAGGUUGUCCACAUGCCAGUGGAGACAGAGAUGGAGAUGUUGCUUCCAGGCCUGACAUUGAGAAAAAAUAUGCUGAUGUUGCAAAUAUAUUUGAGACCAUCCCUUUAAUGGAAAUAUCUUCAGAGAAAUGGACACAACCUGUUGCUGAACGAUCUGUUUCCCAAGCUCCAUAUUUGAUGGACCAAGGGGGACCUUUGCAGCAUGGUGCUGAAUUGAUUAUUGUUCACUCAGACUCCAACAUAAUGAGCUCAGACCCGGCUGAAACAUCCAGUGUUUCUUCUGUAGGCACCUAUCCUUUUGGAAUCGAAGAACACUGUGUGUCUGAUGAGCACCCACUCUGGGCCUGGAUCAGUGGAGGAGGUUGUGAAGUAGAAGCUCACACCCAACUGAACUGGUUCACUCCCCAGUCAGGACAGCCAUUUUCUCAGCAGUCAUUCUCAAUGCCUAUUAGCUGCACCCAGCAAACAGUUUGGCGGAAACAGAUAGUUCAUCAGUUAACUGAACGGUCCAAACGGGAGCUGCAGGAUUUUAAACAUUAUGAGCAAGCAGUGGAGCAGUCCGUAUGGAUAAAAAAGGGAGCAAUGCAAUGGUGGAGAGAUGGAAAGCCCCACAAAUGGAUAGACGUCAAGGUAGCACUGGAACAGUUUACAGGGAAUGAUGGAAAACGGGAUGGCAUCUUUUUCAUUUACUACACAUUCAAUGAUGAGAAGAAGUACCUUCACGUGUUUUCAAAUGAAAUUACAAUUUUGGUUCCGAUUGCUAAUGAAACAAAACACUCAUUUGCUAUUUAUACUCCUGAGCGCACAAAGCAGAGAUGGCCAAUCAGGUUGGCAACAACUACUGAGCAAGAAAUGUAUGACUGGCUCGCUGUUCUGAGUUUAGCAUGCUGUGACAGCAGGGAUCUCCAUGGACCCCCAUCUAACCAGGCCCUUUGGUCUGUCACGUGUAAAGGAGAUAUUUUCAUCAGCGAGCCAACCCCGAAUCUGGAAGCAGCGCAACAUCCUUUGCCAAGUGACCAAUUGUAUUGGCGUCAGAUUGGAGGACAUCUCCGUAUCAUUGAAUCCAACAGCCAAGGAAUUGUGUGGGGCAUUGGAUAUGAUCACACAGCCUGGGUGUACACUGGUGGAUAUGGAGGUGGCUUUUUUCAAGGCCUGGCUAGCAGUACAGAUAAUAUUUAUACACAAACAGAUGUAAUGUGUGUUUACAUCUAUGAAAACCAGCGUUGGAAUCCUGUUACAGGAUACAGUAGUCGGAGACUGCCAACCGACAGGUAUAUGUGGAGCGAUGCAUCAGGUCUGCAAGAAUGUACCAAAGCACACACCAAACCUCCUUCACAGUGGACCUGGGUUUCUGAUUGGUACAUUGAUUUCAAUGCGCCAGGAGGAACUGAUCGGGAAGGAUGGCAAUUUGCAGCUGACUUUCCUGCCUCUUACCAUGGUUAUAAGACGAUAAAAGAUUUUGUGCGACGCAGACGAUGGGCAAGAAAAUGCAAAAUAGUUACGACAGGUCCCUGGUUUGAGGUUGGACCUGUUGCACUCCGGGACAUUUCACUGAUCCCAUGUGUAUCACAGAAGGCAGAUGAUGCAUCGGCAUUGUGGGCUGUUAGCAGCAAAGGAGACGUCUUGUGUAGACUGGGAAUAACUAAGCAAAAUGCACUAGGUGUUUCAUGGCUGCACAUUGGUACAGAUCAACCAUUUGUAUCAGUCUCUAUCGGUGGCUAUUACCAGGUUUGGGCCAUUGCCAGGGAUGGAGCAGCUUUCUACCGUGGUUCUGUCUCCCCACAAAAUUGUACAGGUGACUGUUGGUACCACAUUCCACCCCCUUCCAAACAGAAGCUGAUACAAGUGUCUGUGGGCCAGACAUCUGUUUAUACAGUGGAUGAAAAUGGUAAUUUAUGGUUUCGCCAAGGUAUUUCUCCAAGUUACCCUCAAGGAUCGUGCUGGCAGCAUGUUUCUACUAACGUUCGUAAAGUGUCUGUAGGUCCUCUUGAUCAGGUUUGGAUAGUUGCUGAUAAAGUUCAGGGCAGCCAUAGCUUGAGUUGUGGCACGGUGUGUCGUCGAAUGGGUGUCCAACCACGAGAGCCCACUGGUAGCAGUUGGGACUACGGCAUUGGAGGUGGUUGGGAUCAUAUUACAAUCAGAGCAAACUCUAUGGAAUCUUCUCAUAAUCUUGUUCCUAUGGCAUCUGAUAAUACAUCAAUGAAUUUGCCUAACCAAGAUGGAACUGUCAGUGAUAACUCCAGAAGCAGUUUAAUAGUCGAUGAACAACAGGAACUUAAUGGAAGUGCUGUUAACUGCUGACAAUUUAUACUAUAACUGUUGUAUAUUCUGUUUGGCGGUGUUGUCAGUUUGGUACUGAUCUUCCCUAAUCAUCUCAGACUAUUUCCUUUUUUAAGUAAGUAGAAUAUUCUUGUAAUGUUUCUCCAUUAGCAGUUCUUAGCUGUUACUCCAGUUCUCACAAGGUUCUCACUUUGUGUGAAAUUCAGUACCAGUGCAGUUUCCUCAAACUGUACAAUGCUUAAAUGUUCAAAAUCCAACUCAAUAUGUUGGGUUCCACCCUACUGUCAUGUUGAUCAGACUGUGUUAUAUCUGCAACUCAGUAUUUCUCCAGGAUCAAAAGCCCAACAAUGCAUUAAUCCACUAUGUUUUCAGGACAGAGUGUCCCAUAAUGGAUGAGGCAGUUGUUCUGUUAACAUCAUCACACUGACAUGUAUGGGACAACUCAACACCUGCUGUAAAUCUUUAAAACCUAAUAAAGGGCUAAGUCCUUGACUCAGGACUUCACAAACCAGAGUGGGUUGAGAGAUGGGAACUGGUCCUAUUGUGGAAAGGCGUGCACAUCCAGGGUCUGUGCUGUGCAACCACUGUCAGCUCUUUAAAAGAAAUUAAAUAGACGUUGAGUUACCAUGUGCUGUUUGUUUCAGGUAGCAUUCUGAUUGAAUGUGUAGUGUAUUGAUUCUGGAUGAGUGUCAUUGAUGUUGGCUGUGGUAUGAUGGUGGAUGGUACAUGUGUCAUGGUGCAUCAUAUACUGCAUUGGUGUAGCUUUUGAUGUUGUUAUAUGUUUGACUUAGCAAUGUUUUAGCCAAAGUCAUCAGAUUACCUUUGUAACAGAGGGGUUGAGAUAAAGAGAAGUGAGGGAGAUUUAUGUGCAAACUGGACUAAAUAGUCUAUUUCUGCGCUUUAUAUUCUGAGUUAUUCUGUGACAUUAAUUAUCCACUAAUACUGAAAAUUCUGAUGCUCAUCAUUAAAUUGACUUGAUAAUAUUACCAGUGAUAGGCCAACUGCAAACUAAAAUCAGAUAUGGUUUCCUAAAUUAAACAUGUUCAACUUGGAGAAACAAUAUCAAAUGCUGUUCUAUCAAUCUAGUGUCAUUUAGAAUGGAAUUCAGUAAGUUAUUAGACUAUGUCUUUUUGUAAAAAAAAAAAAAAAGCUGGUGAUUGAUUGGCUAAAGUUUUAUCCUGUGGUGUCUCCCCGUCCCUGCCAACUCACCCACAAUUUUAUAGCACAGGUUGCAAAGCAGUUUGUACUACAUUAAAAAUUCACUGCCAUGUGUUGAUCCCUGUUUUAGCAAUUUUUUUUCUGAUCCCAUAGAUUCUUACAUUAUCCCUGAACUACCUGAGAGUCAAUGCCACCUUUAACUAUUUGAUUGAACUCAAAAACCAUUGGUUAUAAAAACGAGUUGUCUUGAUACUAGCUAGCAGUGAGAUGAUGGGGUGAUGACUGGACUGUGAUGGAAAGUUCCUACAGAAAAAUUACCGUUGUUACAAUGAGAGAUUGGAUAGAUACAUACUCAAAUGUUAUCUUAAUAUUUACAUGGAAUGAACAGCACAGAAAUGGGCUGUUCAACCUUACUGGUCUAUACCGGUGAUUACACUACCCAAGAACCACCACCUAUCCCACUUCAUCUGAACCUCUACUCCUUUAUUCUCACAUGUUUAUCUAGCUUCACUUUAAAUGCAUCUGCUAUCUGGCUCCAUGUAGCAGGUUCCACAUUGUCACCACUCUUUAGGUAAAGAAAUUUAUUUCAAAUUCCUAUUGGAUUUAUUAGCAUUUUUUUUUUAUGUUUUUUCGCUUCCAAUAACUGUCUGUCCUGAAGGUUAUUAACAACUUGUUGAGUUAUGGUUUCAUAGUCCUAUAUCUUAGUUUUAUAAUUUGCCUGAAUUACUCCCUGUCCAAUUUUUACACACUGUUCUAUUUACAACAGUAACCAAAUCUCCCCUCCCCAUUAACCCCCCCACUCAAUUUAACAACCAGAACUGUUAACACCUGACAUCAAUUUACACCACCACCCACUUUUCGCUAGCUCCUAUAAUUCCUCAAAUUUAUACUCCCCACCAAUUUUUGUCUCCUAUUUAAAGCUUCCUAUUUACAACCUCAUUAUCCAUUUAUACCUGUUUCACUAAUUACAGGUAGCCCAAUUUUGCUUUCCAGUGACUUCAGUUCAAUCCAACCAGCUGCCACCUAGUAAAAUCACCUCUCACUCUCUGAGCUAUUGUGUAACACUUUUCUAGAGUAAGGACUGGAGACUUGUUGCAGGAAAGUAUGAUCUAGUAGUAGAUGGCAAAGCAACAGCAACUGGGAAUGUUGGAUGUGACAUUACUGCUAAAUCACAAGUUUGUUCACACAGGAUGUUUUAUUAAUAGUUGGAGGAUAUUUUAAAAUAGUUCAUCUCAUGGCUUUGAAGUGCCUAAGCACUGUUUGUUAAAAAGGAAGAGAGCAGUGUGGUAGGAACAGCCUGUCCUUUUGAACUACUGAUCCAUAAACUCUAUAUUACAGCUGUCAAACCCAAUUUGGAAAAUAACAUGCAGCACAUAUUGGAAACCUUGAACUUUUCAGUGCAUGAAGAAAUUAAAUCCAGUUAAAACAUACUGAAAACAGGACAGGUAAAAGGAACCCUUGCAUAGUCACAGGGAGUGUCUGCUGUGGUGCAUACCACCAUGUUUGAGAAUGUACUAGUGGAAAAGCCAUGUUCCAAUCAGUACUUCAGCAUGGCAUGUUUCACAAUUUGAAUCUUUAAUGAAUAAUCUACAUUAACUUCUGCUGUACUGAAUGUCUUAGCCACGUUGACUCAGGAGCAAUGCACAGCUUUGAUAAUAUACUUCAACUCAAAUCCGAUGUUAUUUUAAUUUCUCAGUCCUCCUAUGGUAUGUUCUUCUUAAAUAUUCAGUCUCAUUAGUGACAGACCUUUUUUAUUGUUAUUACGGAUUUUCACAUUUAAAGCUGAAGAUUAGGCUCUUAUCACACCUUCAACAAUAUGACUGUUCAUUCUGGUUCUACCAAACCCUAACGCUUUUCUUUAAAAUGAAUGAGGUCCUGUGAAAAGAGAAUAGAUUACAAUUCUUAAUCAGCAUCCUCUGCAUGUCACUCAGACAAAUUCACAAUACCAGUAAGGAAAGGCAAUGAAUACUUCAGCUGAGAGAUCAAAUCAAGGCCUUGUCUGUCGUCUACCCAUGUUAAAGGCUCCAUAACCACUAACUCAAAAAAAAAAUUAUGGGUGUUUUGUAUCAUUCUGGUCAAUACUUAUGCCUCAUUGGUAAAUGUACAAACGAUAAUGAGGAAACUCCUCCAAUCUUACAUUCAAGAAAACAAACUUACAAUAUUAGCUUCUAAUGUUUGAGUCCGGAAUGUUCACCAACUAAUCGAUACCUGGGAUGGCAGCACGGACAUGAGGAGAGAUUGAAUCAGUUAGGAUUGGAUUCACUGAAGUUUAGAAGAAUGAGGGAGGAUCUCAUAGAAACCUAUAAAAUGCUAACAGGA